UUAGAGAAAGGGUCAUUUGUUAGAAGUGUUCUUGGAUACUUUAGUUGAAAGAGAGUGGACAUGGAUGCUUUCAAGGCUUUCAAAGCCUGUGUUCCAGUUGCAUGGAGCCCUAAUCUAUAUAUUACCUUGGUGAGGGGCAUCCCAGGCACCAGGAGGCUUCAUAGGCGCACCCUGGAGGCAUUGCGGCUCCGCAAAUGCAACAGAACUGUUGUGCAGCGGAAUACACCUUCUCUCAGGGGAAUGCUUCAACAGGUUAAGAGAUUGAUCGUGAUUGAAACAGAAGAGAUGUUUAAGGCUCGCAAGCAAAAAGAAGCAGCCCAUCGAGCUCUACGGCCUCCAUUGGUUGUGAACCAUUGCAUGCCUGAAUCUUCUUAGGAAUCAUGUGGUAUUCUUCACAGGGAUAUUCAGUUGUUUGGUGGAUUUGGUUUGCUGAACAAGACAGCUGGGAGAAGGCUAUUAUUUCAUCAGCUCUUGUUGGACAGUAUUGUU